UAGCGGCAAUUUUCUGAUAAAAAUACUUCGUGAAUGUGGCGUGUGUUGUUUGGAUUAUUGAGAGUCGUAAAUAAAAAAGCAAUCAAUGCUUUAUUAAUAUUGGUUAUAAGUAUACUACUCAUGUCUUUAGACAACACUCUUGUAAAGAACAAUCAGUGAAAACCAAUAACUUCAUGGGAGACGUGGUCUAAAUUUGGUAUUUUGUCAUAUGUUGCACGCCUGCCUUGGGGUCUCUGAAGAGGACAAAAAAAAUAAUCAGUAAUUCCGAUGCUAAAUUGAUAAUGCCAAAUAGACACAAUCAGUCUCCUGGCACGUUACAGCGCUUAUUAGCGACAAUGCGAAGUCUUUAUGUGUGAACGUGUAUUUCGCGUGAGCUAAAUUCAUGAUGGUUAUUAGAGUGGACACUGAAUAAUAGUGAGGAUGAGUCACAACUUGGCUGGGAUGCCCGGCGCCUACAGGCUGCCCGGGCCGGGCCUAGGCCCGCCGGACUUCAAGCCGCCCAUGGAAACACCUACGCCUUCUGCGCCAGCACCAAGCAAUCCAAAGAAGAGAAGAAAAACAUCAAAUGCUAACAAUGCCCAUGCACCGCAACCCCCACCCACCGCUCAGGACCUGCUGCCUCCUCCAUUAACAGGAUAUGGAGACACCAUUGUCGCAUCCAAUCCUUUUGAUGACUCUCCAUCUACAAUUUCACACAAUGGCCCUAUGAUGAGCCAGAAUGGCCCGAUGAUGAGUCAAAACGGCCCUAUGGGAAUGAUGGGACCAAUGCACAGUAUGGGUGGACCCCCAAUGAGGCACAUGAGCCCUUUACCCCACAGUAUGAGCCCAAUGAAUCAGCAAAUGCCACCUCGGGGUAUCAGUCCUAUGGGCAACAUGAGUCCGAUGGGCCAUAUGGGUGGAAUGUCACCAAUGGGAGGCCCAAAUAUGGGAAUGAGCAAUCACAGUAUGGGCCCAGGCAUGGGACCAGCGUCAAGGUCAAUGGGCAGUCCCAUGAGCCCUAUGAAUUCUAUGCCAAUGGGAUCACCAAUGUCUUCCGGGCCAAUGGGAAGCCCUAUGAAUAUGGGGUCAAUGGCAGGCAGCCAUAUGAGCAACAGUCCGAUGGGGCCACCCAUGCAUAGUCCUCUAGGAGCAGGUUCCAUGAAUGGGCCAAUGAAUGGCCCUAUGGGUGGAGGAGGCCCAGGUAUGAAUGUGCCUCGAAUGAAUGGCCCUAUGGGUCCCAGUUGUUCUAAUGGUUCUAUGGGCCCAAGCAGUUCAAUAAUGUCUUCAAACCCAAUGCAAGGCGGUGGAAUGGGACCAGGUCACUGUGGUCCGAUAAGACAUGGAAGUCCAAUGGGCUCUGGCAUGGGAGGAGGUCCUAUGGGAGGAAAUGGUCCAAUGUCAUCAAUGGGCCCGGGUCCGCCAUACUCAAGCAGCCACAUGGGGCAUGGAGGCCCCAUGGGAAUGGGAGGCAGUGGUAAUAUGGGGAUGGGUCCGGGCCCUGGUAAUAUGGGGAAUUGUGGACCUCUGGCAGGCAUGAGUGGCAUGGCAAUGGGCGGGCCCGGAGGGCAAGGAGUGGGCCCGAUGGGACAAGGAAUGGGCAUGUUUGGGCCAAAGCCAAUGCCUGUUAGUGCUGGGAAAGUAUAUCCCCCAGAUCAACCAAUGGUGUUUAAUCCACAGAACCCAAAUGCUCCUCCCAUAUACCCUUGUGGAGUAUGUCACAAAGAAGUACAUGAUAAUGACCAAGCAAUUCUCUGUGAAUCUGGAUGCAACUUCUGGUUCCACAGGGGCUGCACAGGCCUAACGGAGCCGGCUUUCCAGCUGCUCACAGCGGAAGUGUAUGCCGAGUGGGUCUGUGACAAGUGCCUGCACUCCAAGAACAUCCCGCUGGUCAAGUUUAAGCCCUAGCGCGAGGCGCGCGCCGCAUCACAAGUAUUUAUUCCACUAAAUGGACUCUGUGAUUCACUCUCUUAAUUUAUUCACGCAUGGAAGUUAAGCCCUGUCUCCAUAUCGAUCUGAUGGCUCGCGAGCCAACCCGGUAUCCAUUGCGCGCGGCUGCCUCGCGAGCCAAUGUUCGAUAGUUUGCCGCGCAAUAUGGAGACAGGGCUUUACGGUUACAUGGAAGCGAUACUUAAGAUUCACCAAACCUAUUUGCGCUCCAUUUGGCACUUAUGUUGGAGCCUUGGUUGUGACAGACCUGCAAAUAAUGUUGCCCUAAUAAAGUUUUCUGAGCCUAUGUUGAGUUUUGUCCGAAUCAUCUAAAUGUAACAACUCAAUAUACAUUGAUUGCCAUCAAAAGACCAGGCUAAUUCUCAUAGAACCUCAUGGAGCGAUUAUCAAACUGAUUGGUGGAUUGUUUCUAGGAGUCGCUUUCAUGUCGCACAAGUAAAUGUCUGCCUCUGUGUUGACUGUAGUCUGUUUAAGAUCGAUCUCGAGUAUAGUAAGUAGUAAAUCUACCCAUUGUAGACACCCAUUAUUGGCACGCGUUGUUUACAAUUCUGAAAAUGGUGCUACAGGUGUCAAACGAUAGGUGAUUUACCUUAAUUGAAUGGAAGAUGCGUGCAUUUUAUCGGAAUGGAAGGUUACUUCUCGUGCUAUAGUAAUUGAGUGUGAAUGACGAACAUGCAGACGAUCCUACUAUGUCUAGUCUGUUUAAUGUCAUUAAGACUAGUUUUAAUCUAAUGGUAAGAUGUGAAGACGAAUGGAAGGCCGCUGGAAUGAUCGCAUUAGGCAUAUCCAAUAAAGCAAUUGAAUGUUAAUCGGAAUCGCAGUUUUGGCAGCACAAUUUAGGUAGAGGAAUUUUUAAUUUGUUUUCUACGCCGUGUUUGUGUUGCUUGAGUCUAUGUGUAUAUUGUAAAUAUGUUUUAUUAAUAAUGAUUAUAAUGAAUUAAUGUAAUUACAUUUCCGCCUUCAAGAUUUUGUGAGCUAUAGGUGUACAAGCGUAUAUUGAAUAUGGUACACAUUAACUAUAGUCACGGCGGCGCGAGUUGGCCUCCAUUUGCGAUUAAAUAGUCGCACGACUGCCGGCGACAGUCGCGAUUGUCGCAAGCGCCCAUUGUACAUUUUGCUAUUAUAGUCAAUAAGUAAUAAUGAAUUAAUAAAGCCGUUGUACUUACUA